GAGGUGGCAGCGCCGAGGCGCCGCCCCUCCCUGCUGCCGCGCGCGCAGCGGCUCGCCUCUCCCCGCCCCCGCGCUCGGGCGUUUCCGCCGGCGCCGGCCGCGCUUCGGCACCGCUCGGCUCUUUCCGCCGCGGCGGCCGCGCCGCCCCCGCAGCCCGGCCCAUGUCAGACGUGCUGGCCGCCGCCGCCGGCUCCCGGUUCGAGCCCCCGGCGGCCGGGGCGCCGGGCGGCCCCGCGGCCCAGGCCAGCGAGCGGCGGCCCCGGGCGCCCGCAGAAAAUGAAGAUUCAACCCAAAAGACAGAGCCUGCAGAUCAGCCAGUUGAUUCUUUGGAGUCCAGUACUUCACGGUGCAGGCUGCAGAUUGGGUCGCUUGCACAGGAUUUGAAGGAAGAAGAUGGCACUUUGGAGGACCAGAAAGUAACUGAAUUAGAGGAUAAACUGCCUGACCAAAUCCAUUCCCCCAAAGAGGAAGCUGUUGUUCGGAUGACCAAGUACCAUGUACCUCAAGGAGCAGGGGAUAUAGUCAUGAUUCAGUCGGAUCACACAGGUGCUGUGGAUAUCCUUUCAGCUGACCUGGAGACUGCAGACCUCCUGGGGGAGCAGAGGAAAGCUCAGCCUCCCCCUCUGGCUCCACCCACGACUUGGACCACUGAGAAGAUGAAGGAAUUCAAAGCCAAGAUGGGAAAGGAGAAGAAUGGCCGGAUGGUGGUGAAGCGAGGCGAGGUGGUGACAGUCCGUGUGCCAACCCAUCCAGAUGGGAAACGUGUCUGCUGGGAGUUUGCUACAGAUGACUACGACAUUGGAUUUGGAGUCUAUUUUGACUGGACUACAGUUACUAGCACUGCCAUUACUGUGCAGGUCAGCGAAUCUAGUGAUGAGGAGGAUGAAGAGGAGGAGGAGGAAAUUGAAGGACUUGCCCCUGUUGGUGAUGUGGAAAGGGGCUCCAAAAGCUAUCUGCGGAACCGCUAUGGGGAGAUCAUGCCUGUAUAUCGGAGAGACAGCCAUCGGGAGGUGCAGGCAGGCAGCCACGACUACCCAGGCGAGGGCAUCUACCUCCUCAAAUUUGAUAACUCCUACUCUCUCCUCCGCAAUAAGACUCUGUUCUUUCACAUCUAUUACACCAGCUGAAGGAACGAGAGGGCAGGGAUGGCAGGCAAGUAAUGGUGAGCGUAGCAGGCUGCCACCCAGCCCUGGUAUUCCCUAAUGGGCACUGCUGUGUUACAGAGUCAAGGCACAAUUCUGCCAGCUCUUCAGAUACAGACUGGCUUUUCCCCCCACACUCCUUCCCAGCUGACCUAGUGAAGAAGAUAAUUGUGACUGCCUGAUUGUCCACAGGCAGCUGCUCUUUUGGUAAAACCUCAGGAGGCCUGGUUUGUACAGGCAUCAGGCUGUGACAAAAAGUCACAGCCAGUAAAUGUCCAGAAGCCAGGUUCAGGUGGUUGUAGCUUCUUUCUGUUGCACUGGUACAAAAUGAAGUCAAAAUAUUCCUUGAUUUGUUACUGUUUUGUAAAUAACUUUUCAGACUCUUCUGCUGCAUCUGUGUCACUAGAGGGCGGCUGUUGGCCAACAUGAGGCAAAACGUGACUGGCUGGUCACCUAACCACUGAUAAUCUCAUCACUUACCACCACUCCACGUCACCACCAGCCAGUGCUUGCUUCCUUCACUUGCUUGUGUGGGGAUGCAAUGUGGCCAGUGACAGCCUCUGUUGCAGUGGCCAGGUCAUGCUACAACAGCCAGGCCCCAAACGGUGCAGUAACUAUGUGUUUGUAUGGAGUGUGUGGUGGGGAGGUAUACCUAGGGGUCCAUAGAAAGAUUUUCCUAUGCAUUGGGAAUUGCAUAUUACAUCUGUUGAUUACAGGGAUAUGUUGGUGAUUAAAAUUCCACUGGUCACCAGGAGUUUUCUUUGUAAUCCAGAUGCGAAGUAGAAGACAAGACCUGCAAUGCUGAAUAAAUAUGAAAUCAGCAAGCAGACUGGGAUACAACCAAUAAAUAUACGGUAGAUGCUUCUUAAUAGUAGCAUGUUGGUUCACUGGUAUUGCUGCCAGCUGGAUAAUAUACUGUAUAGUAAGGAAAAUGCUCCGCAGGGAAGUGUAGCUGGUCAGCUGCUAUUGCUGUUACAAGCUAUUGUUACAAAAGAACGUCUGCUCAGAAGCUCAAAAGGUGUGGGAUUUAACCAAUCUUUUCUAUAAAAGCUAGAAUCAGCAAGGCCGUUGCUAAUCCUCACCAUGUGGUAAAGGACAGAGCUCCUUGGCAUGUUUUGAUGGCUAGCAGUGGCAUUAAUGAUCAUUUUCUGCUCAAGUGUUGGCAGAGUUGAACAAGGAUUAACUUAAUUCUUCAGAGAUGAAUUUUAAGUCACAUUUAUCUGUAACUCACUAUAGUUAAUUUUUUUAUUUUAAUACUUAAUCGUUCUCUUUUUAAGAAUACUGUCGUAUUUACAUUUUGAUACCUCUUUGCAGAGAUCCAAAAUGGCUCUUUGCAUGGUGAUUCUAAUAGAGUUCUAAGUUCUAUUUUUAAAUCCUCCAGGUAAUGCACCUCCACUUGGUCUACUCCCUCUGUUGAGAGGGAAUGAGGGACAAAAUGAUUUUUGGGUAGUUAAAACCAAAGACUUCACUCUCCUAGGAGGGCUGCAUAUUUCCUAUUAAGGCUAUAUUUUAAUGCUCUGCAAUUUGCUCUGUAGUAAGAUUCUUCUUUUAACUUCCUCUGCUUAAUAUUCACUGCCCCGAAUUAAUAUUCACUGCCCCAAAGCACUUAGUAAUUAAAAAAAAAAAAAAAAAAAAGAAAAGAAAAGAUGAGGGAGAGAAACCUACAGUAAAGCAGUCCAAGCUAGUCUUCGCCAGCAGGAAGAGUGGAAAUGCAAAGGACAUUGGCUGGAGCACAGUGACUUUCUUGGUGAGGCAGAGAGCAGAAUUGGUCAGGAUAAGGAGCAGGGUAGUUGCUACUCUGGACCCUGAGAUGGGGGAGAAAACAGCCUCCUUUCUCAAGGGAAAGAGAGAGUGAAGUAACUCAGCUAGGAUGAACUGCAAAGCUGCCUUAUUCAAGCAGGGGCAACUGUGGGAGAGCCCACAGGGAGGUAGAACAGCUGGGCUUGGUGUCUGUCCGAGUAAGGCGCUCUUUCAUUUAGCAACCAAGUCAGAAAUAUUUGUUCCUUUAUGCCCCUCUUGGGGGAGAUGAAAGACCAACCCGUAGUCUUUGUACAGCCGUUGAAUCAGGUCUGAGCAACUUGGGUAAGGCUCUCCCCUUUUCUCAUGCUUUGGCUGUCAGGUUCCUAGGCACUAGGCAGAAAAGACACUUCAGUCUGUUUCUGACUGAAAUGUCAGAACUUCCCUACUCCUUGACUGCCUUUGGUCCUUUGCUAUAUGCUCUGGAGGGCCCUGCAUGCAUUUGCUAGUUAAUAUAUGAUGCAUUGUCUGGCAACCUGUCCACUUUCUUAGGUUUUAUUUAUGACAAAGGGAAUUUUGACCUGUGCAUACAUCAGAUAUUCUAGAAUUACUGGUCCUCAAUUGCACAGCUUACUGCAGGCUAAUGAGUUCACCAGUAAAAACUUUCCAUUAUAUUGUGUCUCCCUAUUGCUACUUUGGAACUCCUUCCCCCUCCCCAUGCAUCAUAAAUUAUCUUUUGCUCAUAUUGAAGCUGAAAAUACAUUUUGUCAUGCUGUUACAAAGUGAUAAAGCCUGCCUCACAAUUAAUUUUGGUCACUCGUUGAAACAAGUAGUAUGUACCAGUUAUCAAGCCAAUAGUGGGUUUAGCUAAGAUAAGUUGCCCUACUUCUAGCUUUAUGAAGUGUGGACCAACCUUUUUAUGAGGCUCAGGUCACUUGUUCAGAUCUGUCCCCAUCCCUUAGUGUUUUUUUUUUUUUUUUUUAAACUAAAGCCAAAUAGCAGCACUGAACAUAGUGUGUCAUCCCAAUCAGAUGUAUGUGCUUGUCCUGAAAACACACUGUACCCAUAGAUGUGCCUGCUGCAGUGGAACAGAAAGGGUUUAAAGUGUGUUAUUUCACUGCUUAUGCUUCCCAGAAGUAUCUGGUAUCUCUUAUAAACACAGAAUAGUCUUAGGCAUAGAAUAUUUCAUUUGCAGGAAACAGAAGCUUCACAUUUGUACAGAAUAGUUCUCAUUUUUGUUUGCCUUUUAAUUUCCAUGUUACGUGAACAUGCUGCUUCUCUAUUAUUUAAAUAUCACUCAUUAUCCAAGCGACAACUUCUCUCUGGAAGGAUGUAUUGUGUUUAUUCAUUUUCUGAUAAAUCCAAUAGCUUGGCUCUACAGCUUUGGUGAUUAACAGCAGCCAUUCCCAUUCAAAAUCGAAGACAUAGUUGGUUCAAAGAAGUAAUCUGCCUGCUUCUCGUGUAUCCUUUUUUUCUGCCUUCUCUGUCUCUUAGACUUGUGUCUAAUCCUGCUAUUUGGCUGAAACAGGGUUGGAAACCAUUCUUGUUUUAAUUGGAGACCUGCAGAAAUAGACUUUUGGUCUACAUGGACAAAUGAACUAAGAAGGCAGUUGCACUUUGGAGAUGGAACUUGAUUCUCUAGAAAGGAAAAUUCCCUAUUUGUUUCUGUGGAGGGAAGAUAGGCUUUUAAAGUGUGCUUUUUCUCCCUGUAAUUUGUGUCUGGAAAUGCAAAAAGUUCAAUCAGGGAAGAAGCUUUUUUUGCAUUUUGCAAAGUGGUUUUUUAUUUGUUUGUUUUUUGAGCUUGCUUUUAUGAAAGCACAAUUUUUUUUUUCCAUUUUUGUUUUGAACAUAAGUCUAGGAGUAAAAUUUGCAUAUUCAACCAGAAACAUAGGACAAAUCUGCAGUGCAGGACUUGCAUAAAAAUCAGGUUAUGUAAUUGUUUACAAUAAUGGAAACUUUAUAACAAUCUGUGGGGCAUUUUUUAAUAUUGAAAAGGUCAUGAGCUACCCAUCAUUUUCUUUUUCUUUUUUUUUUCCUCUAUAGGUAUAGUGUAGCAGCAGAAGUUUAUAUUGUAUGUGUUUCACUGAGGAUUGAGAGCUAAAAUUGCUUAAAUCGGAGUCUGCUUGUACAGAUUUAAUUUACUCUCAAACUCUUUGGAGGUCUAUAAUAUGGACUCAUUUGAAAGGUUGUUGGCGUCAUAUUUAGGCUAGUUGCAAAUUAAUGUUUGAGACUAUUUAAUAGUUCUUCAUUAUUUGUAACAAGCCUUUUAAAUGUACAGAUAAGAUGAGAAUACAUGUUUAGAUCUAAGGGGAGAAAGAGCUUAGUUUUCUGACUUCAGGUGCUAAGAAGAAAGUUGAGUUACUGUGCAACUUAGUCUAAAAGAUAGAUAACCAUGCUCCUUUCUUUUUUGCUUCGUGCACUUACCUCUUUGAAAAUGUGUGUGCACAUGUAACCUUCAUUCAUGGCCUGCAGUGGGUCAGUUACACAAAGCAGUUAUUGCGGUGCUGGACCUGGUAAGGUGGGUUAGAGAUGGAGGGGAACCUUGUCACAUGGCUAGCUGCUGAAAGAAGUACCCACCCUUGUGGGGAAUAAGGAUAGAGAAUGAAUCCCUAAAUGAGUUCAUUUUUAUCCCCAUUGUUUAUGUUCUUCCUUCUUGUCUCACCACCCUUACUAAAGCCACUCUACAGAGGAUUUAUCACAAGGUGCCUUAGGAACAAGGAGCAUGUCUGAAACAAGAGCCAUAGAUGUCAUUAAUCCAAGGUAUUUUUUCUCCUUGUUUCUCUGCCCUGUUUGGGUAGAGGGGGAGGCACCUCCUAAGGUCAGGUAAGGAGAGCCCCUACAGGUUGUUUCUGGAAAUUAAAGCUGUUCAAUAGACUGCCUUGUUGCUGAAAGAUGAGUAGUAGAAUGGAGUGUUUGAGCCUGCUGGUACCAUAGGAUAUUUGCCUUUGAAAAUUAUAUGCUGCUGUCAGGUAUUGGGGAACACCUGAGGGCUGCUCCUUUUGAUAUGCUGUUGCCAAGCCUGAGGACCAGUGGAACACUAGCUAAACAUAUAUAGCAUUCCUUGUGGCCAUUCAUCAUUUCCCCUAAUAGGAGUGUCUGAGUUCAGCAUUGUGGGCAGUGUGUGCUUAUGUGUUGUGAGACUGAAUGAAAGACCAAAGCAACAAAGAAUUUUUGGAUGUAAAUGUGGGAGAAAAAUGACUUUCUCCUUUUUUUCAGACCUGGGAUAAUGUUGGAUAUAUUUGUCUUGUAGAUCUAGUGGAACAUCUGAAUUGGUAGAAUGGAAAAUUGAGAACUGAUACAGUUAAAAACGUUGCCUAAUUAGACUGUGAAAGAAGCUAGGAGUUUAGCAGAAAUCAAAAUGAUAGGUCACUUAUCUAAAUAAGUGGAUUGGCAAUAAAUACUAACUAAAGUUUUAAAAGGUACAUAAAACUUCAGAGUUCAAACACAUGUUGUCAUGAGGAGAGCUUUUUGUAGGAUUAUUCCACAUUUGCCUCCAAAGAGUCUCUGGUACCUUAUUCUGAAAAACCUGGUGCUGGCAGCAGUUGAAGACAGAACAUCAGACUAGGUGGACGGUGAAUGUGACUCCCCUUGGCAGUUCUGUAUUCUGUUCUGAAUUUUACAUAUCUCUCAAAUACAUCAUCUCAAGAAAUAUGCCCUUUAUCAGGCAGGGAGAGGAAGGCUUUUAUGAUUCUUGAAUGAGUGCUGUCUAGUUUGAGCCCAUCUGUACUGACGAGUCGAGUCCCUUGGGCGAGAAGCUGGAUGCCAGCCAUUUAGCUUAGAGCUAAGAAGGCUUUGCCAAGUAAUGACUUUAAAGUUUAGUAGCUAUUUUUAAAAACUUUAAAUGGCUGAAGAGGGUCGCCAGCAGUCUCCAGGAUGUCCUCAUGACUGCCUGCUCUCUUCAGAAUGAAGCAAUCUGCCCUCAACUCACUGCUCCAAACUGCUAGUGUAGUCUUUCAACGGGGAGUGUCUUGUAGCUGGUCAUGCCUUUCUGAGACCUAUGUUCUUGUGAACUGUGAUGGUUGUCUGUCAGUCCUAAUCUAUGUGAAGUGAGUGUAUUUGAUGUCCUGUAAUUUCAAAUUUGAGUUCUGUGUCACCUGCUGCUUUUCAUCCUCCCAAGAUACGAGUUUUAAAUGGAGAAGAGGAUAUUUUAACAAAAUGUAGCACUGAAUGUCUUGCUGAAUGGCACAUAUGAAGACUAUAUUUAUAGUGUGCUUGCAUUCCUUCAAGGCUUGGUUUGUAUUGUUUGUUUGAUGUGUUGUGGCUGAUUUGUAAUAGUGUAUUGGAACCUGUUCUCUUUAAAUAAACUUUUCACUAUGCAAACAA